CCGCGCCACAGCAACGUCAAUCGUAACUGUGCAUACAAAAUUAAAGGUGAGACAUUGAGUGACGAGACAAUAACCAAGGGUUGUCUCAGGAACUUUCUACUGCAAAAACCUUCGGUAUGCCGCUCAGCGGCCAGUCAGAAGAUGCCACGGGUGGUGAUGAGCCUCCCAGGAAGAGAGCGAGAACGACAGGUGCUCUUGAGGAAGGGUCUACUCUCAGUUCUUUACGCGCUUCAAUCUCACCUCCGAGGCCAAGGAUUACUCAAAGUCGGGAAAGUUCCAAUGGCACGCCUCGUCAGGAUGAGCCUGAAAUUGCCCCUGGUUCACUUAUAUCAUCGCCCUUCCAGUUGACGAGGAUCAGAGAUUCUCCGGGCUCGCUGAACAAUGGCAGCGUCUCAUUGGGGACGAUAGUUUGUGACCCCAUGAUACGUGAAAUGUGGCAGUUCAACUAUAUGCAUGACCUGGACUUUCUGAUGAGCAAUAUGGACCCGGAUACGAAGGAUAUGGUGAAAAUCCAUGUUGUCCACGGGUAUUGGAAGAAGGAGUCUGGUCUUCACAUGAAGAGCCAAGCACUGCAAUAUCCCAAUGUUCAUCUUCGCUGUGCAUAUAUGCCAGAGAUAUUUGGUACUCACCAUACCAAGAUGAUGGUUUUACUCCGGCAUGAUGACCAAGCCCAAAUAAUCAUUCACACAGCCAACAUGAUCCCUCAGGACUGGGCCAACCUGAGCCAAGCUGCAUGGACAAGCCCUCUUCUACCCCUACUUCCUGCGGAGAAAUUGGCAGAUCAAGCUCUGGCUCGAGGCUCAAACACGGCUUCAUACGGGUCUGGCCUAAGAUUCAAGCUGGACUUCUUGGGUUAUCUGAAAGCGUAUGAUAGCCGCCGUACAAUUUGCAGGCCCCUGAUAGAAGAGUUAUUGAAGUACGAUUUCUCUUCCAUCCGCGGCGCCCUUGUUGGGCACGUUCCAGGCCGUCAUCAUGUGGAGAGCGACAACCCAACUCUCUUUGGCUGGUCAGCAAUACGCGCGAUACUGAAUACCAUUCCCGCCCAUAAUGGCGACAAACCCGAAGUCGUUGCCCAAGUCUCCUCCAUUGCCACUCUCGGCGUCACCGACCAGUGGCUCCAGAAAACGCUGUUCGCAGCCCUCGCCGCAUCAUCGAAUAGCCAGAGCAAAACUCCCAAGCUCGGCAUUGUCUUUCCCACCCCAGAUGAAAUCAGGAAGUCACUUGAUGGCUACAAUUCCGGUGGCUCGAUCCACGUUAAAAUACAGACAGCCGCGCAGGCAAAGCAGCUCCAGUACCUCAAACCCCUCUUCUACCACUGGUCGGGUGAAAACCGCCCUGUGGCACCGCCAUCCACCUCGGCCGCGGCACCCAGUACAGUAGCUAGCACAGUGCGAGAAGCUUGGCAGAACCGCGCGGGGCCCAGUACAGUGGCUAGCACACCCAGUACAGUAGCUAACACAGUGCGAGAAGCUGGGCGGAAUCGUGCGGCACCCCAUAUCAAAACCUAUAUCCGGUUCGCCGAUGAAGCUAAAACGCGCAUCGACUGGGCGCUUGUUACAUCCGCGAACCUGUCGAAGCAGGCGUGGGGCGAGGGGCUUAACGCGGCUGGCGAUGUGAGGAUUUGUAGCUACGAGUUAGGCGUGCUGGUGUCACCGAGCAUGUACGCGGAGGAUGCGGUAAUGGUGCCUACAUUUCAAACGGAUGUGCCAAAGGAAGCGGUGGAUGGGAAGAUAACUAUUGGGUUCAGGAUGCCUUAUGAUUUGCCGCUUGUUAGAUACGGCGCGGAUGAAGAACCUUGGUGUGCUACGAAGGCAUAUGAGGAGCUGGACUGGAUGGGAAGGUCGUAUGGGGUGUAGGGGGUUGGGGUUUCAGGAGUUGCUGGUGCGGUUUGGGCUGGACUUAGAUACCACGGAUACAGAUUAUAGAGCUGAAGGGCUGCAGCUGGAGCAUAUAAUACCACGCUCUCGACACUUCUCAC